AUGGCACACCAGCGGAGAUUGGCAGACCAAAAGGCGUGGAGCGAAAAGUUCUCGACCACGGCAGGAUUCGAACCUGCAAUCUUCUGCUCCGUAGGCAGACUCGUUAUCCAUUGCGCCACGCGGCCUGCUGUGGAUGGAUAUCGUGGCACUCCAACGGUGAUUAGCAGACGAAAAGGCGAGGAGCGAAAAGUUCUCGACCACGGCAGGAUUCGAACCUGCAAUCUUCUGCUCCGUAGGCAGACGCGUUAUCCAUUGCGCCACGCGGCCCAAUGUAAGAACAUUGAAUAUGCUUGCUUAACUAGUACAUGUCAUGGCACACCAGCGGAGAUUGGCAGACCAAAAGGCGUGGAGCGAAAAGUUCUCGACCACGGCAGGAUUCGAACCUGCAAUCUUCUGCUCCGUAGGCAGACGCGUUAUCCAUUGCGCCACGCGGCCCAAUGUAAGAACAUUGAAUAUGCUUGCUUAACUAGUACAUGUCAUGGCACACCAGCGGUGAUUGGCAGACGAAAAGGCGAGGAGCGAAAAGUUCUCGACCACGGCAGGAUUCGAACCUGCAAUCUUCUGCUCCGUAGGCAGACGCGUUAUCCAUUGCGCCACGCGGCCCAAUGUAAGAACAUUGAAUAUGCUUGCUUAACUAGUACAUGUCAUGGCACACCAGCGGAGAUUGGCAGACCAAAAGGCGUGGAGCGAAAAGUUCUCGACCACGGCAGGAUUCGAACCUGCAAUCUUCUGCUCCGUAGGCAGACUCGUUAUCCAUUGCGCCACGCGGCCUGCUGUGGAUGGAUAUCGUGGCACUCCAACGGUGAUUAG